AUGUCAAAACGCACGCGCACACUUGCAACCAUAACAAGCAUAAUCCUCCUUCUACUUCACGUCCUUCCCCAAAAUGCGGGUAUAAAAAUUAAGAGACUGAGCGAUGCAUUUAAUUUUAUCGAACCAGCCAUCUGGAAAAGCACCUCCAAGUAUGAAAUAAAUCCCAGUCUUCAUUUUGUGCGGAGAAUAGAGAAAGAGGAUCGCCUUAAAUUGAGGAGCUCCCCAAAUGGGGAGGACACGCAAGGUAGUAACGCUUCAGCCAGUGGUGAAGAAAAUGUUUUUCUGGAGGAGCAACGCAGAAGGAAUGAUGACGUGGAUAAUCAUGUGUCGAGCUGGCAACAGGGAAAACCCCCCCGAAAGGGAGGCGCCAUCGUAGAAGGGAAAAAAUACAAACAAGAGUACCUAAAUGGGGAAAUAUUAAACGAAGAAGAAAUAAAUGAAAACAUGAGGUUUCAGCAAUGGAGUGACCGACUGCAACUUUCGCAGGAAAACUGCUUUUACUACGACGUAGCACACGAGUGCGUCAGUACAAAGAAGUACUAUAAGAUAUAUCAGGUAAAUUCUAACUUUUACAAAAGGGAUUUCAUCUUGACUGACAGGUGUUCCGUCAGUUUGGUCCCAUUUUUGAACAAAAAGGAGAGCGAACAAGCGUGUCAGUCGCUGACGAAAAAUUUCAGCGGAAAAAUGACCUAUGAUAUGUUCGUGGGAGGGAAGGGGGAAGCGGCCAGAGAAGUGGCAACAGACGGGGCAACAGACGCGACAAGAGACCCACCAACCAGCUGUGACGAGAAGAGUGGAGACUGGCCUUCCCAAAAUAGCGUAACGCAAAAUAGCGCAGCCACUGACGGGGCCCCCUAUGAGGAAUCAGUGCUCAGCGAAGAGCAAGUGGGGCAGCUGUCCGAUAUCAAUUUCGCGCUGCGGGCGAACAUGCUUUUCCCGACGGAGUCGCUGCGCAGUUCCAUAUACAUGGGGAAGGAUGCCUUCAACGACUUCCUCGAAAAGGGAACGGAAUCCAUCAAGCUGGCGAUGCACAAGCAUUUGCAUCACUACUAUAGACAACACCUGAAAAGUAACUUGGACGAUAAAAUCUUCCUCAUGUUCAUCCUGAGGUAUAUCAAAAAUUACAUUUUAAAAAUAGUAUACAAAACAUUCCAAGUGAAACUAAGCAACGAAAUGGAGAUCGAGACUGACUCCAAUGUAGAGCCAAGUGCAAGCAACAAGAUCAUUAAUAGCGAAACUUACAUAGAGCUAGCAUCCGAAUUUGAAGAAAUCAUAAAUAUAUUAACACACUUCAUAGAAAAAAUGAAAGAAAUGUUCAAAAUUAGAGAAACAGAGUUGGAAGAUUAUUUGUCCAAGAAAAAGGAAAUUAUAAAUUAUUCAACUCCGUAUGUUUUACACAAUAAUGAAGAAGCAGAAAGACAUAUAAUGAACAUGUGGAAUUAUUUUAAUUUUAAAAUUUUCAACAAUGAACUGCCAAAUUUUGACUCGAUAAAUUUCUUUUGGGUAACUGACAAAGUGGAGAAACUGAAGAAAAUUCCAAAUAUGAAAAUGUACCGAAUUGGGAAUAAACACUUUUUAAACUUACCCAAUGUUAUGUUUCACUCUGCGUUGAAAACGUCUCCCCUGUUAUUAAAUUACACCAUCUUAAAGGUCAUGUAUGAAUACCAGAAAUUAUUGUGCGUGGAUAUUUUACCCUUCAAGGAAGUAAAAAAUUAUAAUAUGUCCAAAAAAAUCGAUGAGAAGAAACAGAAAAUUAUCAAGUUUGUUCACGGGAUUGCUGGCUUGCUGGAGAAUAUCGAUUUCCAUUUUUAUGCUCCCUAUUUGGGCGACCUCAAUUUGGACAACGAGGAGGCAGCUAUCUUUUACUCCUACGUUAAGGAUAUCAAUGGGUAUGACAAUAAGAUAUUCCGUCCUUUAGAAUACAACAGGGAGCUUUCGUUUUGCCCCGAAGAGGGCAUCGUGGAGGACACCAAUGUGAGCACCUCCAAUGUCAGCGGUAAUGGGAGCGGCACCGAUGUCAGCGGAAUCAAUGUCAGCGGAACCACUGUGAGCACCACCAACCGGGGAGUGGCCAAUCUGGACGACUUCCCCCCGGAUGCCCCCCCCCUGGACGAUGACGAGCCCGACCAGGACGACCUCACAAUGCUGCUCCUCAAAUCGAACGUCACCAGCGACAUCAACCGAGCCAUCCAGAUGGCCACCAACGUGUACAGGAAGAAAAACGUCGCCCACCUGUGGGGUACACCCGCGGACGUCACGAACCCCGAAGCGGGCGAGGCAGAAAGCAGGACCGCGCUAAGAGUAAGAGCAGACCCUAGUAAAACCAACCCAGGGCCCUCUUACCAAUUGAAGGAGAACAACCCAGCACUGCAGCGGUUCAGAAUACCGCUGAACGAAUUUUCGUCUUCCCUUUUCCUGUGCGAUGUGAACAAUUCCACGAAGCUUCUAACGCAGGGGAUCGAAAAGCUAAAGCAGCUAAACGAGUUCGACUUAACUUACGUACAUAACGCCCUGACGUACGCAUGCAUGCGUUUUUUACACGAAAGCGGUAACGAAAAUGAAGAUGUGGAGAGCCUUUUAAAAAAGUAUGAAAAAAACGAAAAGGUAGAAACGACCAACAACAUCAUGACGCUGCAAAUGAUGGUGGUCAUAGGGGAACUCUUCCGAAACAUCAGGAAGACCAGGACGAAGGAGAAGUACUUCUUUAAAAGAAUCCUACAGACAGACGUCAUUACAGAUAUAUACAAAGAUGUCAGCAUCUACGAUGAAAAUAUGAACAUUAACAAAAUGGAUUACGUGAUGAAUAAUUUAAAAGUUGCCUACCCCAUGAAAAGCAAUAUUAUGUUGACGCGAAAAAAUAGAGAAGAGAUCGCCUACUAUUUUUUGAACUACUACACCAAGUACCUUUUCCGUUUUGACUUACCAAACAAUGUCGUAAUAAAAUUUACGGACAAAAUAGCUGGGCUAAGUUUUUACGAUUACAAUUUUGAUUACGUAUCGAAUGAUGUAGUUAUUUAUGUGCACAACGAUGUUAGUAACUCGUUCGUGCUCUCCAGGGUCAUCCUGGACGAGUGCCUCAAUGUGUAUGAGAAGUACACCACCUACGUGCACAAGUAUGGAGGGAACACGGACAACUCGACCGUCAGGGAGGCCAAGAGCAAGAUGAAAAAGGAGGGGGGUCCGCACGAUGAGUCAACUACGCAGGGGAACAGCACUGAAAGGGGAAGUGAUAGAUCGGGAAGGAACCACGGAAAGGAUGACACCAAGAUGGAGGAGGAAUUUCUGGAAGAUGAAGAGCCAGACGAGGAAGAGAUGAAUCACCUAGAUGCGGAAGAGGAGAACAUCGACCCAGAAAAGAUCAACUUGGACAACAUCAAAGAGGUGGAUAGCGCAGGAGAGCCCCUAGCCGAGGAGCAAACAGAUGACCAGCCUGUGGACGACGAACAUGUGGACAUCUUCAACUACGUCAAAAUGAAUAGAAUAAAGCAAUUCAUUCGGUUUGUGGUCGAAUACAACCAGUGGCCCUUCUUCCUAGAUGAGACGAUCAACCUGGACUCGUACCUGAAUAGCCAAGAGCUGGAGCUGCUGAAAGGUGUAGAGCAUUAUAACAGCCUAAAUAACUUCUUCCUAAAACUGAAAGGAGCAAACAUAGACAAAAAAAGAAUCAUGGAAAUCAUUAAAAGUGCCAUAAAAAGGGAUGACUGCAAAGAGACAUGGAAGGAGAAGAAAAUCCCCAUCAAACACAUCGCCUCCGCGUUAUUCACAAAUAACUACAUAAAUCUGUUUAAGGUUUUCCAGAAGGGCAUAAAGGUGUUACUAAACAUGAACUCAAAUGAAAUUGACCUAGUUAUGAACAAAUGCAAAUAUGCAUGCGAAAUUGUGUACUAUAAAAGACUAGAAGAGCUCAAGUCGUCCAACAAUAAUCUCAUUUUUACAAUGUACAACGAAAACGUAAGCUCGAUUGAAUAUUACUUUGAGAAGCUAAAGGAGAAAAUUAUUUUAAUCAACUUAAUCAAGAAGGAAGAUAUAUUUGGGACUCUCAUCAAUUUGAUAUCUGACAUUUUCCCCAACAAGACGAAAUCGGUCAGCGAAUUUGAAAGUGGCACCCAGGACACAAAACCGAAGGAGAAAAUUGACGAGCUCAUUUUCCUAUACGACUCUGAGAAGAAGAAGUGUGGCUCAACAACAGAGCUAAACAGAUCCACCGUCACGCAGAACCUGUUUCACUUUUUCAACAAAGAAAUAUUUGGAGACAAAAUAAAGAAUGUCCAAAUCGAGUUCGUCAAAAAUGACGAAACUCUUUCCACGCACUUGAAUUUUGUCAACUCGUUUGAAAGUCCCAAAAUUUUAAUCAAUGACAAUGUCUAUUCAGUCAAUAUUCUGGCCAACGUAUUACUCAAAGAAAUGGCCGAUAUUUUCUACUUCUACAAUGAUAACAAAAUCGAGAGGGAAAAUAAGCUCUACUUGAAGAAGGACUUCAAGAGCGCCUACCUGCCCGUCGUUUUCAAGUAUGCCAAUUGUUUCCAGGGAGGGGACACUAAAGUGACCUUCGACUUUGGCGACGAGCACACAGGGGAGGAGCACAUAGAGGAGAAGCACAUAGAGGAGAAGCACACAGAUAAGAAUCACGCAGAGAAGAAACACAGAGAGGAGAAACACCUAGAGGGGGAACACCCAGAGAAGAAGGAAAACCACCAGGUCGGGCCCCUUCCAACCCACUUCACAACCCCGGGAGCAACCCCUUCUCCACUACAGAAAGAAGAAUUCAUGGCGGAGAAGGACAAAAUGGAUAUCGACAAUAUGAUCGACCGAAUCGCAAACUACAACCAUGAAGAAAUGUUCAAAGAAAUCAUAGAGUUUCGAAAAGCUAAAUAUAAUGACAAAGCAGACGUGCAAAAGUGUCUGGAGGAAUACCUAUACACGUACGACAAGCUGAAUGCCAUGAAAUACUACACACCGGAGGUGAGUGAGAAAAAAGAAAAAAAUGAGCAAUCGGAUGGCACCGCUACGCCAAGUGCAGACCCUGCAACGGCGAGUACAGACACCGCUACGCCAAGUACCGACGCUGCAAUGGCGAGUACAGACCCUACAACGCCAAGCAGAGACCCCGCAAUGGAAUUGUAUUUCGAACCAAACGACCUCAAAAGUAUUUACCUUAAUUAUAUGUAUAGAUACAUCCAGUAUGUGAUUAAAAAAAAGGAAUUCCCCAUUGCAUUUAACGAGAUGAACGAGGAAUGGAUUAAUGCUUUGACGGAGCUCGAAAAUCAAAAAAUUUUGGUCUACUCCACAAAAAAUAAUAGUGGGCAUUUGUAUGACCUACUCGUUAAUAGCAAAGCAUGUUCGUCAAAGAGGGCUCUGGCCAUUCUGGAACAUAGCUUACAGAAAAGGAACAACGAGGACGAUCUGGUGGAGAGGACCCUAUCUCGAAGUGAAGACAAUGAUGCCAUAAAAAGUUUCGAUGAAUUCGUCCUGUGGAUAAAUAAAAAUAUGAGAAAAAACUUCGAAAAGGUAGACCACCACGAAUUGUUAAAUGCUGAUGCCCCUGAAAAUGUGAAGGAAGAUAUCAAGGACGUUAUAAAAGGGUACAAUGCUCUAUACGACCCCAAUGCUAAGAAGAAUUUUGACCCCAACAGCGUUACUAUCCAUGAUUUAAAAGAUUUGGUUAAGAGGCACAACAUUUCGAAGGAGGAGGUACUGUCCGCCAUGAGUCAGCUGGACAUGCCCGACGACUUCGACGUCGACUCCUUGUUCAAGUGA